AUGUUUCGUAACAUUGGUAUCAUAUUGGCAGUGUUUGGCAUGUGCCAAGAUUUGGUUUUUGGCUUUGGCGUUCCGUGUAACUGCGGGCUGGGGAACGGAGUUGACGUAUGCACGCCAGUGAAGGACGACACCGACAAGGAUGAUGAGUCUCGGUACCCUCUGGUUGUUCGUCCGCACACUUUGCCCAAGGUGGACAUCGAAGCCCUCUCACCACACCAUCCCCAUGGACGAUCCCCUCAUCAUCAUCAUGGUCCAAAUCACCUUCACAGCCCACCUCAUCACCAUGGGCCGAGAAGCAAUUAUGAAACGGACGACAGCAACAUUGCACCCCUCAAACCAGUUGGGGAUUUAUGCACAUGUGGAAAAACAAUAGUGAAACCGGCCAACGUUCCCAAACCGGCUUGCUCCGGAUGCACCGGCACGUCCUCCCACCACCACUACGCUUCCGGAUUCUCGCAUACUUCACACUCGCAUCAUGAACGUAAUCACCAUGGCCAUGAUCGUCACGACCGUGAUCACAACGACCAUGAUAAUCACGAUCGUGACCACAGCCGUAUUCACCACGACCAUGACCGUCACGACCGCGAUCACAACGACCGUGACCACAGCCGUAUUCACCACGGUCAUGAUCGUCACGACCGCGAUCACCACGGCCAUGAUCGUCACGACCGCGAUCACCACCACCGUGACCACAGCCGUACCUACCACGACCAUGACCGUCACGACCGCGAUCACCAUGACAAUUAUCGCCACGACCGCCAUCACCACGGUAGUGGUCACGACGGUCAUCAUCACAAUCUACACGACCGCCAUCACAACGACUAUAAUCAAGGCAUUCGAUACGGUGAAGGAGAACAAGGCCAUUCUGUUGUUUUACCCGUUGAUACGGAUCACUACGGCCCCAAUCACAUCAGAAGCCACCACCAGCACUCUGACUCACACCAUCACCAUAGCGGCGAUGCAGAUGCGACCUACUACCAAGUCGGGGGGACCGGUCCAGAAAGAUACGCCCCGGAACACGGUUACCCCACCCAACGCAGUCAUGUCGGUGAUUCCCUUAUCGACUACCCCAUCUGCGGCCUGCCAGUACUGCACCAGCCCAAAGUCCAGAUUCACACCUCGCAUGUGCCAGCGGACGCGAUUUCCAAGGCGAUCGUGCGCAAGGAACUCCAAAGCAAGCAGGCGGCUGUUGAGCAUCUCCAGUUCGGUUCGCGCACACCUCCGAAAGAGGAGACGAGCACUUACGUCGAGGCCCACAAGAAGCUCUUCCCCGAGGAAAGCUACUACAAGCUCAACGGUCAUACGUUAGAAUUGCCAAAGGUUUAUCACGCGGCACCGGUGGAAGAAGUCGAAAUUGAGGAGGAGGAGGAACCGGAACCCGAACCGGAACCGGUCGUAAUACAGCCGAUUUCCUACCACUCGAUCGGGUUUGUUCCGUGCAAAGUGCCACCCCCCAAGUUCAUAACUCCGGUGGUGCCCCAUCAUCACGUCGAACCAAUUCACGAGGAAAUCGUACCGUCGUGCGGCGUAGAAGGGCCGCCAUCAUGCGGCGAUGGCUACAAAAGCGGACAGGUAAUCAUCAAAAAUGUGCCGAUCUCUUCGGACGGUUCCGAAGUGACUUGCAAUGGAGAUGAAGGAAACCCGGAGUACUCCAGCGGAGCUACGUACACCUACUCGAAGUCUACCAGCAGCAGCAGCUCGGAUAGUCAAAGUUCGCAUUACAGAGGGACGGGAUGUGCCACUUGUGGAUUGUAAAUUGCACAGAACUGAUACGGAAUUUGUAAAAUAAACGAGUGAAUUUUA